UUAAAAAAAAAAAUCUUCGCCCACCCAUUUCCCUCUCUAACUCCUCUCCGCGUCGUUAAUUGAUUCCUCUCUCUCUCUCCCCUCGUUUCACCCCUUUAUAUCUCUCCACCCACGACGCCCCCCUCUUUCCAAAUCCCAUCUCAUCUCCUCUUCCGAAGCGAUCGAUUCGUUCUUCUUUUUGCUUUUUUUGAUCUUCGGCGAUUCAACAGAUCUUCGAUCUCCUCAAGAUCCGAUCUUAUAUUUCUACAAGAGAUCCAUCGAUCGACCGAGCUUUAAGGAGAUGGCGGAGGAGCAGCGAUUGCAAGAAGGGCACCGGCUCUGCGCGAACAACUGCGGCUUCUUCGGGAGCUCCGCCACCCUCAACCUCUGCUCCAAGUGCUACGGCGACCUCCACCCCUCCCUCGACCAAACCCUAACCCUAACCCUACCCUCCUCCCCUACUCCUUCCCCUUCCUUCCCAUCUUCGUCGCCGCCGCCGCCAUCGUCGUCCUCUUCCUCCUCGUCCUCACCCGAAGCCGCGUCCGGGUCCGGUUCGGCCGGGAUCGGAACCGAACCGGGCCGGGCCGGUCCGGCCCGGCCGAACCGGUGCGCGGCGUGCCGGAGGCGGGUCGGGCUGACCGGGUUCGCGUGCCGGUGCGGGGCCACCUUCUGCGGGGCCCACCGCCACCCUGAGCGCCACACGUGCGGGUUCGACUACAAGGCCGCGGGCCGCGUCGCCCUCGCACGUGCCAACCCCCUCGUCAAGGCCGAUAAGCUCCCGAGGAUCUAGAGAGAUCCCCCUAUCCUCCUACGUGGCGGGACGUAAUUGGUCGCCGUUGUACAAGGGGCCCCACGCGUUAAAUUUGGUGGCCGUGGUUUGUUCAAGCGUUUGUAAUAUUGUUAUUGUGGUUACUAUAUUUUAUUUCGCAAGCUGAAUGAAUGGUUUGUUCAAUGUUCGCACACGAAUUUAAAAAUUAAAAUUUAUUACUCCGUCAAUCGCA